UAUUUAGUCUGCUUCCAUUUUUUCUCACCAUGCUCACCAAAGCAAGCUCGCCUCCAUUCAUAUCUUCCUAAAGUUCCAAGUAUCCGCAGAGCAGAGAGAGAAGACAUGAGCUGUGCAAGCAAGGCUUCUUUGAUCGUGGCAGCGAGUAUGGGGGCAGUGGAAGCGCUCAAAGACCAAGCAGGUCUGUGCCGUUGGAACUAUGCCAUCAGAUCUCUCAACCACCAAGCCAAGAACAGCGUCGGUUCCUUCUCUCAGGCCAGGAGGAUGUCUUCUUCUUCUUCUAACAUUGAGAGGAGGAAAGGAAUGAAGUGGACUGAUGAGAAGGCCAAGCGAUCGGAGGAGGCGCUGAGAAAAGUCAUGUACUUGAGCUGUUGGGGUCCUAAUUAGGACUUCAGAAGCGGGGGAUAUCCAAAAAUAUAGCAAAUCUGUGUUUGGGUUUCUCUGCAUCAAAUUAUGUGAGAAAUUUGUAAAUAUGAGUCUUGAGAUAUACUACAAUUUUUGGAAACGGCCUUCUGUAUUUUUGUUUCCUCUGGAAUUGCACUCUGAGGUUUUAUUUCACUUGUGUGGUCAUGUGAUCUUUGAAUUUAGAUAUGAGUUUGAAAUCGAUGUAGCCCAGUCGAUAAUGGCUGUGGCAUUUGAUUUUGAUCAGUCCACAGGACCAAAUUGAGACACUCUGAUACUAAUACUUUAAUGGAUA